AUGAAUGGUGAUUGGACGAGUCCACGAGUACCCAUCCUCAUCUCACUGAAGACUACCAAAGUGACCUACUGCUUCCUCCUUCCGUACCGGAACUUCAGGAGGAGGAGUAGUAUUGGGAUCCUGAGCUUCUCCAUGGUUGUGUCGGCUCGACUUGGAAUCUACCAGGAGACGUUAGUUAAAGAAUUCGGCAAGCAUCCUCAGGAAUCUUUAUACUAUUCUGACACUCUGCGAGAGCCGCCGGGGACAUCAUCUGCGCUGCAUUCUAGGGCAACGUCGUCAACUAUUCCACGGUGUCUCGAUGGUUCAAACGCUUCGAAUCUGGCGACGCGACCCUCGAAGAUCAAAGCUCAGUACUUCAGCAGUCACAAUCUUGCCUGGAUUCAGCUUUUCAUGUGUCUCCAUUUGAUUGAAGCAAAGAGAAGCAAAGAGAAUUUUGAA